UGGCUGGUCUUGCCAGCGCUAUACGUUGCUACGGCUUUUUCGAUCCGAUCUACAUUUACCGCGGAGGUGGCGAUGCGCCUCUUAUCUAUACUGUUGAUAUUAUAAUUCAGGAAUGUCAAAGGAUUUGAACCUGGUUGCGGUUAACGAAUUAUCUGUUUCUAUGUGACAACUGUCCGUGGUGAAGAUGUAGCUACGGUUCCGGAGAUGAUCAACCUGACAGCGCGAGCCUCCCAUGACAGCCAACCAGUGAUGCAGCGGAACUUACGCAUGUUUAUCUUGUCUUGGGAAACGCCAGAAAUGAAACAACCAGAGCGAGAAGGGUAAAGUCUGAUUGUGUGUGUAUUUUGAAGAUAAGCCAGACACCUAACCGUGAUUCCAUUUAUCUAUUUCGGACUUUAACCCAUUGCAUCAGAAUUUCCCUUACUGAAUGCAACAGAAUGAUCACGGAUUCUGGACGACUUGCUGGCUGCCAUCUGCUGUUCAAAUAAGCAAUAUCUAUUAAAAUUCACCCAAUCCUGAAGUAAGAAACAACGCUGGACAAAAUAAAAAAGAACCUUGAAAGAUUGGAUUUUUUGAGAAUCUCGUGUGCUUGCUGCUGUUUAGAACCAAUAUUUUUGUUUCUCUGAUGAUUGUGUUGUUUUUGUUGAAUUUUUCUGGGAUUUUUUUGUCUGAAACCGCAUAGUUGCAUUUUUUAGCACAUCUUUGGAAGAGAGAGAAAUCGAAUAAGCUGUUAAAUGCCUAUAUUCACAUCUUGGAUGAUCUUACACACAGACUUUUGAUGGAUGAGCUGUCAUCCUGGAAGCUAAUAACAGCAUUUCAUCAUCUCAUUCACCUCCAUCCACCAAAUGUUAUUUAUUAUUGAUAUGACACUUAGCAACCAGGGCAUCAACCCUCCCAGGGAACAUCAGAGGUGACGCAACCCAGUGGAAGGAGACCUCUGGAGAUGUGAGAAUGCCAUUCAGCCAGUCUUGAGGACAAUCUUCCACCAAAACAGGCUAAACCUCUGUCUGAGUGAGUGAGUGAGUGUGCGUGCGUGCGUGUGUGUGCAUGCGUGCGUGUGCAUGCGUGUGUGUGCGUGUGUGGAAUGCUGGACAUCAGAAUGAAGGAGGUGUGUCGUAUCUGUGCACGGGAGCUCUGCGGUAACCAACGGCGAUGGAUCUUCCACCCAUCCUCCAAACUCAACCUGCAGGUGCUCCUGUCCCACGCCCUCGGUCAAGAGCUGACCCGCGACGGCCGCGGCGAGUUUGCCUGCUCCAAGUGCGCCUUCACGCUGGAGCGCAUGUAUCGGUUCGACACGGUGAUCGCCCGCGUGGAGGCUCUGUCCAUCGAGCGGCUUCAGAGGCUGCUCCAAGAGAAACACCGCCUCAGGGGCCUCGUCAGCGGCCUCUACCGGAAGACCAACGGGGAGGAGGAAGGCGGCGCCGGAGGGGCCACUACCGGGCCCGAGGAUGCAGGGGGAGGGGUGCAGGGGGACGGCAUGGUGGACAUGUCUGGUCUGACCCAUGCCAGGUACUGUGCCCUGCUCCAGGAGGACUUGGUGUAUUCGCUGUACGAGUCCUGGGCUGAAGAAGGCUUAGAGUCGGGGGUUCAUCAUGGACACCCCCCGCACUGCCCAGGGCCUGGUUCUGAGGCCCUGCGACCACAGCGUUGCGGGACAGUCACGCCGUCACCCAGGAAGUGCAGAGGGUGCACAGCGUGGCGAGUGGCGGACUCGGACUACGAGGCUGUGUGUAAGGUACCCAGGAAGUUGGCGCGGAGUAUUUCCUGUGGCCCGUCGACGAGGUAUUCGGCCAGCGUGAUUGGAGGAGGAAGCGUGGUUGGAGCAGAAAAAGUGAAGGGAGGGGAGGAAGAUCCAGAGGGAAGCCCUUCAUCGCUCACGCUGGUCCCUGGGUCCAAGCCUCAGUCCCGGGCUUCAGACAGUGACCGUACCCUGGCUGGCCGGGCCAGCUCCAGCCCCUCAAUAGACUCCCUGGACUUAGCCGGAGAAUCUACCCAGCUGUCUGUUAUCCAAGAUGGGGAUGAGGGACUAGAGUACCCCAGGGACCCCAUGGAAGAGCACUUCUCUGACUCCCUCUCUGAGGAGCACCACAUGGCCACCCCACUGAGAUCGACCUCCCACCUCACCUUGGCCCUCUGCCUGGUCCAAAGCUGUGUCUACCGGCCCAUCCGGAGCCCAAAGGGGAGCAGGCUGCCAGUGCUUCUCAGACAGAGCCCCAGCAACGGAGCCUCCAGACUGGCCUUCCAUGAACCGACCCUGGUUGUGCCGUAUGGAGGUCAGAACGGAGAGGCAGAGGUCCAUGGCCGUAUGGCCCACCUGGAGGACCCUCUGAACAGGCUGGACAGGGGUCUGGACCUGGCUGAGCUGGAGGAGCUGUGGGAGGACCUGUACCAUGAGUGUCCUCCCCCACAGCCCCACGAGACGCUGAUCGAGGAGCAGCAGAGCCAGCUGCAUCAGUAUGAGUGUGCGGCGGGUCGGUGUGUCCACGAGCUGCAAAAGGCCCAGCUCCAGGUCCAGUCACUGCAGACCAAGAUCCACGAGAGCGAGGCCAACAACAUGAGGUUGCAGGAGAAGCUCAGUGAGAUGGAGAGUGAGCUCCGAUCCAUCCGCCAGGCAGCUCAGAACCAGGAGCGCGCCAUCCAGGGCUUGUCCGACUCUGUCAGCACCAAAGACAACGAGGCCCAGGAGCUGUACCAGCUGAUCGAGGGGCAGAACGCCACGCUGUGUAAACUGAGAGAGAUGGCCCACCGCAACCAGAUCACACCCACCCAGGCUCCAGAGGGGGGCAGUGAGGCUGUGGUUCUAGCCCAGCUGCAGGGUGAGUUGGUUGGGUUAAAGAGCUCUCUGUUCAGCCUGGGGCUGGAGCUGGAGGCCAGUCAGAGAGCCCAGAAUCAGAGCCAGAGACAGGCUGAGGAUCUGAGCAGAGCUAAAGAGAGACUCCACGCUGAUCUGAAGGAGGCUCUGCUUCACAGGGAAGUUACCGACAAACACAACCAGGACCUGCGCAGGGCCCUGGCUCAGUCUCGCUCAGAGCUGCAAGCUAAAGAGGCUCAGCUGAAGGAGGGCGAGGCAGAGAAACACAUGAAGAUUCAGGAGAACGAAAUGAAAAUGACGCAGCUCAAACACUCCCUAAAAGACAAGGAGAGGCAGCUACAGGAGUAUUCUGAGCUGCUGGAAUCAGCAGACCGCUCGAAACCCAGAGACGCUCUUCUGGACAAACUGAGAGAACGCAUCCGAGACAGGGACAGAGCGCUGGAGCGGUCUAUUGAUGAGAAGUUCCGUUGCCUGGAGGAGAGGGAGGAGCAGGUGAGGAGACUCCAGCUGGCCCUUAGAGAGAAGGAACGAGACCUGGAGAGGCUGCGCUGUAUACUGUACAGCAACGAGGAAACCAUCACGAGCCUGGAUGCGCUGGUGCGCGCUAAGGAGCUGGAUGUGGAGCAGGCAGCUGAGGCCCACAGAAACCUGCAGUGGCUCCAACAACAGAGUGAGGAGAAAGAGAAGAGCACUCUGAGAGAGAGAGACACACUCAUCGAUCAGCUGCAGACUGCUCUGAAGACACGCAGCCAGGAGACACAGGACCUGACUGCAGCCCUCCUGGCCAAGGUCCAGGCAGGACCCACUGAGGUGGUGGAGGAGCUGAAGGCUCGUCUCACCCUGAAGGAGAAACUGUUUCAGGAACUGCUGUCAGACCGCAGCCACCAGAGCCAGGAACACCAGGCACAGGUCCAGGAUUUGCUCGGCACCAUCAGGACCAAGGACCAGUAUAUACAGGACUGCUCUGAUAGGUUCUCACAGGUGAUCAGUGAACGGACAGCCCAGCUGCAAGAACUGCGUAGGCAGCUGUCGUCACAGGAACGAGAGAUGGUUGAGCUGCGGAGGAUGAGAGAGGAGAUGAGGGUUGGAGAGACAGAGCGAUUGCAGAGCCUGCUGAAGGAGAAGGAGGCUUUUAUCCAGAGCUUAAUCCAGGGCCAGGAGGAGAGCAUGGAGUCCUCCACACCAGAGGGGGCAAUAGAUGUGCAGGACAUCCAGGAAGAGUUGCAGCUGGUCAAGAAGAAGGAGCGGGAGGCUCAAUUAGAGCUUUCAGCCCUGCAUUCGUCUCUAGCUCAGGCCUUGGAGCAGGAACAGAAGCAGGGGGAUAGAUUUAAAAUCCUGGCCCCAGGAAUAGCAGUCAGGGAACGGCCCUCCAACACCGACCACCAGAGUGUAAUGGAUCAGUUGGUUAGUGAGUACCAGAGGCUGAACAAUGCCCUAAGGGCAGAGAAGAAGCUGUACCAAAGUCUGAGCCAGAUCCAAACCAAAGGAGAAAGCAGCUCAGACAAGACCCAGGCCCUGCACACAGAACUGGACUCGGUUCAGGCACUCCGAGGGCAGCUCGAGGAGGUACUCGCCAGGACCCGGAAGACCGCUGUGGCACUGGAGAGGGCAGCUCACAGGCAGUCUGACUUUGGAGAGCUCAGCACUGCGGAAGAGGAGGAGGGAGACGAUGAAGAGGUCAGCACUGAUGAGUUCUCAGACAGUAUUGAAGACGAGGAUAAACUGAGUGCCAGAAGCCUGGCCUUUACGACAAACUCUGCGAUGGUCAGAGUGCAGAAAAUGCCAUCUGGAGAACAUGUGAGUGGAGUCCCUUCCCAGGGGGCCGAGGGAGAGGUGCAGCAGCUGGCUGAAGAGAAAAGGGCUCUAGAAGGAGAACUAAAGGAGAUGAGAACACAGCUGGAGUCUACUGGCUAUUCCUCUCUAGCCCAAAUGAGGAGCACACUGCUGAGACUGCAACAGGAGAAUGAGGCCCUGAAAGAGACCCAAGGGGAUGUCCAUGGUCUCGGAGGGCUCCAAGAUCCAACAGAAUUGAGCCAAGGAUGGAGACAGGAAGAGCAGGAAGGUGAUGAGGAGAUGGAGGAGGAUGAGGAGGAGGAAGAAGAUGAGGAGGAGGCUGCACUACCAGCAGUGGUUCCUAUGCAGGUCAAGCGUGGCUCUCUGGCAGUGAGGAUGAGAGAGGGAAGGAGGAAGAGACACUGUACCAGACCUCACUCUCUAGACCUGGGAACUCUCCUGUCUCACCAUCAGACAGAUCACUCAGAGAAGGAGGCCAGUUCAGAUGGUGUCACCGGCGAUGUGGGUGGGUUCUGGCAGCAUGUGGAGGCGGGUCUCCGUGAGCAGGCGGGUCGCCUGCGUUCUGAUUUGGCCCUGAGCAGACAGGAGAGCAGGGAGCUACAGGAGAGACUGAUGGUGUCAGAGGCCACUGUGCACGCCCAGGCUGAACAACUGAAAGAAUACAGGGAACUACUCACGGAGACUUCAGUAGAGCAGGACAGUAAGCAGGUACAGGUGGACCUACAGGACCUGGGCUACGAGACGUGUGGCCGCAGUGAGAACGAGGUGGAGAGAGAGGACGCCAGCAGCCCUGAGUUUGAUGACCUGGAGAUGUGUACAUCGCUGAGCCACCAGAAGGACUACGAGUGCGCCGGGGUUUGGUUUCCUGGCGAUGGAAGUGUGGGUGGGGCUUAUGAAGAUACGGAGGAGCCAAGGGCAGGAUCGCUACAGCAACUGGUCCAGGACCUGCGCUCCCAGCUGACCCGCUGUCACAAGGUGAUUCGAGGUUUGCAGAUUCGUGUGCGUUCACUAUCCACCACCAGCGACUACGCCUCUAGUCUGGAACGCACUCCGCGCAAGGUGAACUGGGCCUUCGAGGCCUCCCCGGCCCCCAGUGGUGUUGAGGAGGAUGAGGGGUGGAUGUCCGACAGCCUGGGGCCCCGCAUGGAACCCAAGCCCAGCCGGGAGCUGCGGGAGCUGGUGUCCAGAGUGGCUUCCCUGGAGGCCCAGCUGAAGAGCUCCGGGCUGGAUGGAAAAGGAGGAGUUGGGGAGGAGGGCAAGUCCGCCACCUGGCCUGGGAAGUACAACACCCUGAUCCAGGCACAGGCCAGGGAGCUGUCUCACCUGCGCCAGAGGAUGAGAGAAGGCCGAGGGGUCUGUCACAUUCUGACCCAGCACCUGGGAGACACCACCAAAGCGUUUGAGGAGCUUCUGCGUGCCAACGACAUCGACUACUACAUGGGCCAGAGCUUCAGAGAGCAGCUGGCACAGAGCACUGCCCUGGCACAAAGAGUGGGCACUAAGAUCAAUGGACGUGACCGUGCAGAAGUUCCCGAUGAUAAGACGGGCCAUGAGCUGCUUGCUUUGCGGUUGAGUAAGGAACUCCAGCAGAAGGAUAAAAUAAUUGAGUCCCUCCACACCAAGUUACAGCAACGUCCAGACACCCCAUCCAGCAGCCACGCCCUCUCAGAGACCACUGACCAAUCAGAUAGGACCUCCUUUGUAUCAGACGAGUGCCGGACCAAUGAUGACCUGGACUUGUGCUCAGAUGUGGAUGCUGCUAGCGAAUAUGCUCAGGAAGAGCAGGGACCGGGUGUGGGACAUAACCCAGGAAACACAGACCAGGCCAGUUUCCCUCCACCCUUUCUUAAGUCCUCUGCCAGCUGUCCUAACAUGCGGUUGGCCAGUCACAAAGCUCUGGUGUCCUGCUCCCUACCCACCUCUCAGUCCCUCCCUGGUCUUGGCCCUUACCGUGACCCCUGGGGUCAGCAAAUGUCCUUUGACCCCCAGACCAGGACCUUCUCUAUGGAACUGAUGCAACAUGAGUUGGAUGGCCCGGGCAGACCAAUGACUGUGAAUGACUGCUAUAUGGUUCCACGCGCCAAGACCCUGUCCAGCCUCCCACAAGCAGCCCACCACCAACCAGACCACCCGCCUUAUGGCCAGGUUACCCAUCAUGCCUUUUACCCAGACCAGCUAGACGGCCGACCCCAAGGCCAAGCUCUGAAAGCCGACGCUGGCAUGGUGGAGAGUGGUGCAUUGUGGAAUAUGGAGAACAUGGUUCAGCCAGUGCGAGUUGGUUCAUCAGGAUACAACUCAGGGCACAGCUUUACUGGCGUGGACGUGAUCGAGGAGCAUCUGAGGGAGGUGCGAUGUCUACGUCAGCGUUUGGAGGAGUCCAUUAGGACGAACGAGAGGCUCAGGCAGCAGCUGGAGGAACGCCUGGCAAACACCGACCGCGAAGGAGGAGCUCCCACCAACAUUUACAUCCAGGGGCUGGACUCUGUCAGCAAGCUGUCCAAUGAGAUCAGAGUCCUGAAAGAAGAGAAUCUGUCUCUCCAGGCGCGCCUGCAGGCCAGCUCAGACACAUGUGAGGAGGCGGAGCAGCUGCGUGAAGCCGUUGGGACAGGGCGUGCCCGUCUGAAACAGGCGGAGCUAGAGGCGGAGCAGUGGAAGGAAGAGCUACGUCGGCUUCAGACACACAGCCAGGAGCAGGGACAGCAGAUACACACACUCAGACAGGAGAGACAGAACAUCCAUGACAUUAACAACAGGCUCCAGCAUGAGGUGUCCCUGUUGCAGCAGCAGCUCUGUGACAGCAGGGAGCUGCUCCAGUCUCUGCAGAGUGAGCUCCAGGUCUACGACCGAGUGUGUGCCAAUGCCAAAGGCAGCCCAGGGUACCUGUGUGGGGAGCAGUACGGAGGAGUCCCUGCCCUGACCCUGCCCGUGGAGCUCAGGGAACUGCUGGGGGAGGUGCGGAGCCUCAGAGCCCAGCUCCAAAGCAGUGUCCAGGAAAACAGUGCCCUCAAACAGCUGGAGCUCCACAAGCACCUGGAGCAGAAACUGGGAGUGGGGGUCCACGGAGGCAUGUCUGUGGGGGGGAUGGAGCCAGCUCGUACCCCGUCUCUCAGGUCCCUCACGGCCAGCCCCCAGAGGGACAGCCUCUACAGGCGCCAGCUACUGCAUGACCCAGCUCCCUCUCCCCCAGUCAGAGACACUGGGCUGUUUAACUGUGGGUCUCCGUAUCACGUUCCAUACACAGACCUGGAGGAGACCCCGCUCAUUGCUAAUGAUCUGGAUCCGCACUCGGAGCUGGAGGGUGAUGCCCCAGACGGCUCAUUCUCCAACCGGAAUGGGCGACACACUGUUGGGCACGUGGACGACUACAAUGCCCUGCAGCAGCAGGUCCUGGAGGGGAGGAGUCUGGUCCAGCGAAUGGAGACCGCCCUGCAGGCCUGCCUCAGCCAAUCAGUGCUUGAGGGCCACCAGGGCCAGGUCCUCCUGGACUACAGCUGUGUUAGGAGUCUGCUGUCUAACACCAAGACCCUGAAACAGAUUCUAGAGGAGGCUGUGUCCCUGCUGAAGAUGUUCUGGAGGGCUGCCCUGCCCAACACCGACCACUCCACAAACAACCUUCAGAAGGAGGAGUGUAUGCAGGCAGAGAUCUUGUCUCUAAGGGGACGUAUCUCUGAGCAGGAGGAGGUUCUUCAGGGAACCAUUCAGAGACUGAGAAGUACCAGCCGCACUAAGGAGAGUAUGGAGAACUUCAUCGUGAACCAGCUAUCAAGGACUCGCGAUGUGCUGAAAAAGGCGCGGACUAACUUGGAGAAGAACGAGCGGAGGAUUUCCUCUCUAAGCUCCUCCUCUUCCUGUCCUUAUGCUGCGGAAGACUAUAGCCCCGCCAAUGAACGGCCAACUGAUUGGAGCUUCCUGAAGCCCGGUGACACCUCAGCAAUGUCUGUUCAGCGACCGGGAACCAGGAAGCGCGGCAGCCAGUGCCUUCUCCAGGUGCUGACCUGAUACCAGCCAGCCCAACAUCACCUCUGACCUCAGCACCAGAAUAGCAACGCCCCUUCCUCUGCCUCCAGCCUUACCUAUCACCACAUUCACCUAGCAUCAAACGUCCACCUUAAGAGCACUCCUUUGUUCUCUCUCUCUCUCCUGCCGGGCAACCUGUGCCCCAGACUCCUGCCUGCACCUUGAGCCUUACCUGAACUCUUCCUCCUUUAAUGUUCAUCGUUUCUCCCCUCCCAACACACCAACCUGGUCUUCUGUUGGUGUCUUUAAGUUUCAGAGAAUGUUGGUCUGGUUUGCUGUUUGCCUGGUUGAGCGUGAAGAAAGUGGUUUGGAAGGUGCCACUGAUGGUAACAGUAAUGUGCGUCCUUGGCUGCUGUAGAAGGGGUGGGAUGAGGCUGCCCUUAGACACUCGCCUAAGGCCACAGGAUGUGCCCAAGGGAUGUGAUCCUGGCUUUGUGGCUAAGGGAAACUUCAACCCGGAGCAUGGUAGAUUGUGCUCCUCUGCCUGGCAGCUUUUGGACAGGAUAAGUGUCAAUGCAUGUGAAUUCACGGCUAAAGAAAGGAAAUGUAUACAAAUGUAUACACAAGAAGUACAGUACACGCACAUACAAUAUAUAUGUAUAUAUAUAAAUUCACAGACAUAUGCUCAAUCAGUUUCUUUCAAAACCAACAUUCAAUCCUCGACUGCCACAGAAAUGCAAGCUUUCUCAUUGUGGCAUCUCAUCAGUGAGGACAUUUUACAAAUACGGUGCAAAAAAUACAAUGGCAUCCACCAUCUAGCUAGAUCUCAGUGGGGGAAUGUAUAGUUCUUACACUUCUAAGUAUUUGUGUCCUAUAUUUAUCUGUGGAGGAUGAUGCCUUUGGAUGGAUUGUCUGCCAUUUGCCAAGGGUUCUGGAUAGCAGAACAAAGGCCCUGUUCCAUUUCAAUCAAUAGCCUCUUCCCCCAGCACCUAACCCAUCACUGUUAACAGUCUGGACAGGUGAACACUAUAUGGCUAUGGUUCUAAUUAGCUCUCCAGUGAUCCAGCAAUGAAGGGCUGUAGGCUAAAGGAGGGGCUAUGACCUGAAAUGAACAGAUGCCGAACACGCGUAUUCAAGCUCCUCUUUAGGAGUCCUCAGAUGAGCAUGUGCAAUAAUGACGUUGUUUAUGGAAUGAACAUGGCACGCCAGCUUUUUUUGUUUUUUGCCUGACACUGGAACUUAAGUAUUGAGCCACUCUUUAAAAGUUGAAAAGACCGUCAGUGCAAUAUUACACUAGUUACUAUCCUAAACUAACUUAGGAAUACUACUGACUGAAACUUAAUGUAUUUUUAUGCAGUGUUGAUGCAUGAAAGGAUUUUAAAGGAAAUUAUCUAAGCCUUUGCUCCUGGAACAGGGGAUCACCAAUACUUGCCAAAGUUUGAACUUUGAACUUUUCACGUCCUUGUUUGUCUUUCCCAUGCGAAUGGCACACUGUAGGCAUGAUGUGAUUCUAUAAGAUCACCAUCAGCCCAAUAUAUGACAUCAUCUAUGACAUCAUGAUGGCGAUAUCAUUUCAUUGGCUGCUCUUUGAGAGUCAUUUGAACAAGUGAGACGGUAACCGUUAAAUAAUCUCGUCAUAAAUGGACCAAACUUUUCAAAAAGAGAAUAUUUCGCACUGGGCUUCUAUUGCAUUGUGAAUCACAAAAGCCUGAACUACUCCUGUGAGAGAUUAUCCAGUAUAACCGAAUAUUUUUCUGAUAAAUUUCCAUUUGACUUUGAGUUGUCUACACUCAGACCGUCACUGCAUUCCCAUGGGGUUUUGGGCAACAUGUUUCUUCUCUUAGUUAAUACAAGCUUUGGCAGGCUACUGGUGGGACCAAUGUUAAAAGGUGUUUCUUCCUACGCUGCUUUUGAAUGUUUUCUGUAUUAUUGCUGUACAUUUAGCCAUUUUCAUGCUGUGAAUGUGCUUUUUCAUUGUAUUCUGUUGAACUUUUUGUAAGUAGAUUAUCACCUCAGACCAUUGCUCUAUAUGCAAACAUUGACUAUCUGGGUAGCUGUGCAAUAGCUAUAGAGUACACAGUAUCUAGUUAUUUUGAUGUUAAACAUCACUGUAUUAAGAUAUUUUGCAUCUUUGAGUGUAUUAUUUUCUGCUUUGUAUGGUUUAUUGGUUGUGUUUUUAGAUUAUGCCAGAUGUAAUAAGCUAGUCACAUAUCAAUUAUAAAAUCAAUUAUAAGUAUAUGCCUUUUCUUAGAGAAACCAAAAACAAUAUAAUUACUGACACACCCAGCUAUUAUUAAGCUUUGGAUAAUGUUGCUUUGCUUACCUUUAGAAUUAGCUUGGGCACUGCAAUUUGCUUCCAACAGUUACUAGGGCUUGGUGUUAAUACUAGAUAGACAAGUUAAACAUAUCAAAGUAGAUUUUCCAACAUGGUCUUAUUUGCACUUCACUCAGUUGAAAAUCUCUUGAUGUAAAUUGCCAAACUCUACUCUAAGAAGUAAAAACCUCAUGUCUGGUUCUUUUGGAAAAUAAGUAUUUGAAGACUUUGAAAUUGAAUUUCAUAUCAAAGCAGAAAGGAUUGUCAGAUAAGAUAAGAGUAGAACAGUUUAUUGACAGAAAGUUUUAACCAUGCCAUUUUACUAUGCGUUCUUUGGAAAGGAAUGAAACAGCAGUAUGUAGCUGUGUCUAGCAGUAUUUGUAUAUAUGACGCUAUAUAUUCGAAAAGCAGCUUGGUUUGUCAGGUUCUGUGUUUUAAGAAGCUAACGAGCUCCUCCAUGGGCUCUGUUUCUGAAGAUGGCCAAUGUGUGUACCUGGGCCUGCGUUGUGUUACCACAGUGCUAUGACAAAAAAGGCUUUUGCGUUAAAAUGACAAUUAAAAGAAAAUCCUAAAAAGCA